UCGUCCUCCCGGCUCUAGAUCCUCCCGGCUCAGCACGCACGGACGCCUUUUGGAAAGGUGUGCUGUGGCGGCAGUAAUCGAGUGGGACUUGGAGUCAAUAGGGUCGCGACGAGCCUGGGGUGCCGCGGUGGGGGGAGGGCGGUGGGAGGGUGGAGACAGGAAGGGACAGGGCGCGCUGGGCUCCAAAGAGCGGGUCCUAAGGCGCACCGGGUUCCGGACACCAAGGUCUGCACGCAUCAUGUCCAGCACUCGGGGAGAAAGGGUAAGUGGCUGGGGGGCAGGUUGGGCCAGAAUGAGACAGACACCCGCGCUGCUCAGCGCCGCCUGCAGGCCUAGGGUGAUCCUCAGGUGCUGCCUCCCUCCCCUGGGUCUUGACGCUGCUCCACGGUGACACCUGCUCAGAACAGCCUCCCCGCCCUUCUUGGACCUGGGCCUCACCCGGGAAUCCAAUCCGAGACUAUGAAGACUCACCCACUGGGGAGGGUUGGAAACUUUUUCUCGGACGUGCUCAGCUGCUCUGGAGCAGUCGGGUCAGAAACUUGGCCACAUCCGAGAACACUCUGCCACCUCCUCCCCUUCUCUGAGAUGGGAAAGAGGUUCCAGGAAAACAAUACAACUAAAACCAAAACAACAUUCUCUAUAUGGGUGCUGUGAAGCCUCAAAAAGAUCUAGGAAGACAGUCAGCAACUUGGCUGCCGUGUGCUCAACACCUUCUGGAAGAUUUCCAGUUCUGCAGAAGGGACUAAAUGCUGUAUCCUCCCAGCACUCCCUGAUGGGGGAGGCAAAUAAGAAACAAGCAAACACAUCUAUAAUUGCAAACUGUGUCUUGUUACUCUCUCAGUACGUCCACUCUUCCCCGGGCCAGAUCCCCCUCUCUUCAGAAUCUGAGCAGUGAUGACGUUUGCUGAGGAAAAGACUUAUAAGUACAUCUGCCAUCAUCACAGCAGCUUUUGCCGUGUUGAUGUUCUGGAGAUCCUGUCUUACCUGCCCUGCCUCACAGCAAGUGACCAGGAUCGACUGCGGGCCCUCUACUCGCAGCGGGGGAACCAGGACACCCUCUGGGAACUCUUCAACCGCCUCCAGCGGCGGACACACUGGGUGGAUUUCUUCAUUGAGGCACUGAGGCGAUGUGAGCUGUCUGGUCUCGCUGAUGAAGUGGCCCGUGUCUACCACAGCUACCUGCCUCGGACCUCAAGUCUCCCCCCAGCCUCACCACAGCCGCUGUCAGUGCCUGCUGAGGUUCCAGGUCCCCCCAUACCUAUAACAGCCCACAGCCUGCCCUACAACGGCUACAGAGAGAUGGAGCCCAGUUACCCCACUCCUGUCCAGGACACCCAGCUGCCAGAGUCCCUGGGAGAGAGUUCAAAGGAAGCCCCGCUGACAUCCAGCUCUGGAGCCAUCCCAAGGAGGCCAAGUGGCCCCCUGCAGACCUCUUCUGACCUGGCACCCCUCAGCCCUCGCAUCUCUAGUGGGCACCAGAAGCAGAACACAGAACUGAGCAGUUCCCACACAGCAGGUACGGUCUCCAGCCUCACGCCAUCCCGUGGGCCAGUGUCUCCAACUGUGUCCUUCCAGCCACUGGCCCGUUCCACCCCCAGGGCAAGCCGCUUGCCUGGGCCCGCAGUGCCAGCUCCAUCUACAGGCCCCUCUGCCUCCUCCUCAUCCACUGGCUCAGUUUCUGCAGGGGGUGAUGGUGACCAGGCUGAGCCUACUGUCUGCUGCAGUGGAGCAGAGGCACCCACCACCUCUGUGACUACAAGCACAGUGUCUUCCAAAGUGCCUGCCACCUUGAUGCCUGUGACCACAGUGCCUUCCAAGCUGCCCACCAGCUCGAAGUCCCUGGGUACAGUGCCUUCUAAUGUGCUCACCAAUCCAGCACCAUCCAAAUUGCCCAUUAACUCCACACGUGUCGGCAUAGCGCCAUCCAAAGUGAUCACUAGCUCAGUGCCCACUAAGGUGCCUGCCAGCGCAGUCCCCAGUGGCAAAGCCGAGGAGAAGACAGUGGCUCCAAGGCCCAUAGGCACCACUGGAGGCAGCUCUGAGAGCUGGGGCUGUGGGCCUGAGCUGAGCAAGCCUGGCGUGCUGGUGUCUCAGGUGGACAGCCAGUUUUCCGGCUGCUCUGAAGACCUUGCCAUCAGUGCAAGCAGCUCCUUGGGCACUGGGGCCUAUAAUAGCCCAGAGGAAAAUGAAUACGAGUCAGUGGGCACCUUGGGGAUCCAUGUGUCUGUGCCCCCCAGCGCUGAGCUCCUAGAGGGCAACCCCAGGCCACGUGCUUUCCCACAGCUCCAGAGCCAGGACAGACCAGAAUCCCAGCCCAUCCAGCCGGGAGCAGCCACUCUGGAAGAGGAGGAGGAGGAAGAGACGACCGGGAAUGUCUGGGUUGAGCCCUGGGCUCCAUGGCUCCGGAGAGGCAUGGCUGGGUUGCUUGUGGUCACACUGCUGGCUGUGUUGUACCGGCGGCGCCAACUCCAGUGAAGCCCUUGACCCUCCCCACCACAUACCUGCUCUGUCCCCUCUCUGGAGUGGGACUGUCCUGCCACCCUUGUCCUUUUCUUAGAGCUAAGAGGGGCUGGGUCAGAGGGGUCUAAGAGACCCUGCAAGCUGGCAGGAGCCUUAGCAAGAUGGAGUUCUGGGGGCAGCAUUCCAUCCUUGCUCUUGAACCUGUGGGUCCCUCGCCAUCAUUGGCUUCCUGGGGCUUGGGCUGUCCCAGCACUCCAACCUCAGCCACCUGACAAUCCAGGUUGUGCCUUCUGGAGGAGGUGCCUCUCUCCAGGCCACAUCCCUAUUAGAUAAGGAGGUGCCACUGGAGCACAUAAGGGGGUCGGUAAUGCCCCUUAUCCUGCACAGGUCUCAGGGCAGUUGUGCAAGGUGGGGGAUCCCAUAAGACCCACUUCUACCCCAGCACCCAGCCUGAACUCAUUGCCCUGGGGCAGGCAGGAAUGGCUAGGUGGCUGGCCUCCGGGGACCCAGCUGCUUUGGGUUCCUGCCUUCCUGGUCCCUGUGCCCUGCUAGGCAACUCCAGGGAGGUUUGAAAGUUCCUGUGGAUCCCAAAGAUGCUAGAGGCAGCUGCCAGGCCUAAGGAAGGCCUUGGUGCCCCUCUCCAGUCUCCUCACCCACCUCCUCCUUCUCUCCCCUGGUCUCUAUUCUCUUCACUUCCCUACUUGGGCUGUAGAGGGGACCCCAAGUGGGCAGAGUUUAGGCCGAGGGUUGGAUCUCAGCUCCACCUCUCCCUGGGCUGUGUGGCCUUAGCAGGUUGUCAGACUUCUUUGGGCUUGAUUCCCUACAUGGACUGAGUUUCUGGCUCACGCUUCAGGGGGUUCUUCUGAGAUUGGAGCCUGUAGGUGUUGCUAAGUGCCUGGCUCAGAGCAGGUGACCACUAAAUGCUCCUCUUCCCUCUCUUCUGCCUACCGCCCUGCUAGAGCUGGGAGUGCAGGAGGCAGAGAGCAUGGUGGGUUAGGGUGCAGCACUGCAGUGCAACCCCACUCUGCUUCUCGCCAGCUCUGUGACCUUGGGCAAGGGAUUAGCCACUCUGUGCCUCAGUUUCCUCACCUGUAAAAUGGGGAUGAAUGAUGUAUAUCUCCUAGUAUUUUGAGAAUUAAAUGAAUUUAUCUGUAAAUGUUAGGAUGAUUCCUGGAAUUUACUAGGGGUUAGAUAUAUGUUGUUAUUAUCACUUCUAAAUGGGAGGGACUGGAGCCCUUGGCUGCACCAUUAUAGGCAAGCCCAGACCUUCCUGCCUUACCCCUUUAUAUUUGCCCAUUUUGUUAUCCUGUGCACUGGGAGAUUGUUGGGGAGGGAGGCGUGUCUGCUGGGUCAGCUGUGCAGGAGGGGGACCAGGGCAUUCUCCCCACCCCCACUCCAAGUUCAGCCACUGGUGGAGAGACAAACUAUAUACCAGAAACACAUUGGGGUGGAUUAGGGGUGUCCUUUUGGGUUCUUUUCAGGCAGCCACCUCUGGGCAAGGGGCUGGCACAGGAGCCUCAGGAGCCACUUCUGGUUGGUGCUCUGCAAGGGACAAUAACUGGAGGUCUUUGCGGCAUCCAGGAUGGGGCUUGCUGUGGCCCAAGCUGUUGGCCAUCAGGGUCCUGCACCCUGCUUUAGCUGCUACAGUCUUUCCUCUGCACUGUCAUUGGGGACUUCUGUGACCCAACGACCUUUAUUCUGAACUGUUGUUCUUCAACCUGUGCUCCAAAUCCGUACCCUAUACCCCCAAACCAGGAGUGGUCCCUACCCAAGCUGUUUGUAUCUCU